CACCCACAUCAGUUUGCCGAAAUCAAAAAUGUUGAGCGACAGUAAUGGAGACGAGCUCCAUCGUCAUCAGAAAGGUCUCCAAAUCAAACAAGAUGAUAAGUUCUUUAGCAGGCUCAUGUCUAAAGAAACUUCAAUGGCCAACUCUUCUUGCAGGGUCUACUACGGCGGAGCUUCUGGUGCUGUCCCCUUCAUCUGGGAAUCUCACCCUGGAACCCCCAAACAUCCUUCCUCCGACACUUCCAUUCCUCCUCUCACACCACCGCCUUCCUAUUAUUCCUCUUUCAACUCAAAAUCCAAGCACAAAAAAGGCUUGAAGCCCACCCUUUUGAGCUCUAUCUUUCCCAGGCUAAGGAAAACACAGGCCCCUUCUUCUUCACGGUCCUCUACAUCGUCUUCUUCUUCUUUUUCGUCAUGUUCAUCGCUGCACGAUUCUGGUUCUUCACCAUUGUCCAAGACUUCAUUGAACCGAAAAAUGAGGUAUUUUUCAUGUUCGAGGUCGCCGGUUCAUGACUUCAUGGAUGACGAUGAUAAUCAUGGAGGGCUUGGAUCACCGACUUCGACAUUGUGUUUUGGGACUAAACCCAGGAAUCUGAAUGGGUUUGAAGGAUGUCAGUCGAUGAUAAACGUGAAGAAAGCGUUGCUCGCCAUGGUUAGCCAAGGUUCAGGUCAAGGUACUGGUAAUUACUUUAAUCGACGCCUUUGACUUUCAAAUGUUCUUAAUUUGUGGAUUUUUCAUCUUUUGAUUCUGAUUUUGGUGUAUUUCAGUUGUAUGAUUCUUGUGUCAAAAUUUCAUCAGUGAACAGUUUGUUCAAACUCAUCAAAAUCCAAUGCACGCUAU